CACGUCCCAGAUUUUUUUUUAAGCACCGGAGAACGCCGGUCGAUCGCCGCCUGCGCGGUUUAUUGCCGUGCAGUAGAAGGGGAUCUCGGCAUUACCGCGGUCGUUAUCCACAUCGCCACAGUGUUCUUGAGCGGUGCGACGCGUUGGCAAGGGAGACGGAGACGCGGUCGACCACGUAGACGCACCGACGUCCGUGGCCGAGUUUUUUGAAAACCACUUCCUGUUGGCGCUGACGCCCCUUCGCUUUGCCGUUAAAGAUGCGUGACUUGCAUACCCGUUGACAAUCGCGACACGCUUGUUUAUUCUGCCGGCGUGUAACCGUUCCGGCACCGGACCUGCGCGCAAAUGUGUUCACUUCGCGGCUACGUCAGCGACUGAUCCGAUCCACGCGCAGUUUGUUUUGGCUCUCAUUCCGAAUGGGUUCAACUACAACGCCGUCGCGUUCGACAUCAUCAAGAAAGGAAAAAUGGUCAAGUGAACAAGCAAUCACUUCUCAGAUGAAAGUUGGUGGGCUCAGGUGCGCCCUCGCGCUACGGUGGUCGCACUGUCAUGGCAGGCGCCGUGCUUCUCUGGUCAGCGUCAACGCUCGUGACGCCCCUCGUGGCGUCGUCGCUGCCACUGCUGCUGCUGUGCCGUGCAUUGCUGGGCCUGGGCGAGGGCCUCGGGCUGCCCUGCAUGUUCCACGUGGUGGGACAGGCAGCGCCAGUGCCCGAGGAGCGGACUCGUGCCGUGGCCCGCAUGUUGGCCGCGGGCGCCGCAGGUCAGACGGCUGCUGCGUUAGUGUGUCCACAUCUGGAGUGGCACCGAGCCUUUUAUGUGCUUGGUGCGCUGGGAAUCGUGUGGACGGCUGCAUGGAUGUUGCUUCACAGGGACGAGCCAGAUGGACCCCAGUACAAGGAGCCCGCCAAGGUGAACACAGUGUCAUCUCCACACUGGCUGGAGCUGAUCACCCACUGGCCACUGUGGGCCAUCUACAUCGCCCACUUCGCCAUGAACUGGUCCAGCUACACCAUCAUGCAGUGGCUUCCCACGUAUCUGGCACGCGCCCUGUCUGCCCGGCCAGGCCACCUCAGCCUGGCGGCGCUGCCGUAUGUCUGCAACUCAUUGUGUGGCUUGCUGACAGCCCGAGCAGCCGAGCUGGCUGGCCGCCAGUGGAGCGUGCUGGCUGUACGCCGGCUGGCCACCUCCUGCCUUGGCCUGCUUGGGCCCGGAAUAGGUCUGCUCGCAUUUGCAGCUGCGGGCAACCUGGCAUCGGCGCUGUUUGUCGUGUCAUGCGCCAUGGGCCUUCUGGCGUGCAACUCCGCAGGCCACCUGGCCAACCACGCCGACGUGGCGCCAGCUCAUGCGGCUCUCACGUUCAGCGUCAGCAACACACUGGCAACCAUUCCUGGAAUCCUGUGCGGGCCGCUGACAGCAGAGCUCGUGACGCAGUCGCACGGCCGGUGGUUCCCCGUGUUCGUGCUCGCCGCUGCCGUCAACUUUGUGGGUGCAGUCGUCUACGGGAGCCAGAGCUCUGCAAGCCAAGUGUUGUGAUGAUGUGCAGGCUGAGAGCCAUGCCAGCCUGUCACUUCGCCCUAGUCUCUCAAGUGCAGCAGUCUGAAACGAACCUUUGUGGCCCGAUGAACUGGAAAUCGGGCGAAUUUUAGAUAGUCCACAAUGAGGGACAGUGCUCAAGUCUCUUGAACACGUUGGAUUCUCUUCAACUACAAAUGUGGCCAGGUGUUUGUUAAUGCUUGCAACACCAGUGGAUAGAUGGUACCACAUUGAAUGGGAUAUGGCCACAUUGAAGUGGUAAUAGAAAAAAAUAUAUAUAGUGUGCAAUGUUUGCAGCUGCCUUAACAAGGAAUGCGUGUAUAUUUGUUAGCUUGGAUGCUUUCAUGGGGACACCAUUGUUGCGCACUGUGUGCAGUAUACUCUGUGGUGGUUCUGGCUUGAAGGGCAGUACGAGGCUUUAAGUUUUUGUUUUACUUGUUGCCCAUAGAAGGGCUGUACAAUGAUUGUCACUUUUUGACUGUCUGUAUUUCUACCAUGCUCGUGUCGUACUAUAGGCGUGCCUUUUCAAUUUUGUAAUGUGAAAACCCAUAAAUGAUUUGUAAAGGAUUG